UAGCCGAAGUCGCCGUUUCGGACACGAAAAUCAUCACAAAACAACAAAAACACCCCCAUUUAGUACUGCUGUCGUCACACUGUAAGUACACGGUUGUGUGUGGUACAGGAGCGAAGAAAGGCGCACAAAACAACUCAUCCACACUCAAAAAACAGUCUUUGCCGUCGAGUUUUUGGCUGUCACCUUUCCUAUCUAGACCCGUCGUCGUCCGCAAUGUUGCGAGCAGCCAACCGCCUGUUUGUUGCGGGAAAGAAUUCGGCGUGGAUCCGCUGUCUCUCCAGUGUUCCACAGACGAAACCUGAAGUUCAUUUCAAUAAGAUCUUCAUCAACAACGAGUGGCAUAAUGCUGUGAGUGGUAAAACGUUCCCUACCAUCAACCCUGCCACUGAAGAGAUAAUAUGUGAUGUGGCAGAGGCGGACAAGGCAGAUGUUGAGCUAGCAGUGCAGGCAGCCAGGUCAGCCUUUGCCUUUGGUUCACCAUGGCGGACAAUGGACGCUUCAACAAGGGGACGUCUACUGAGCAAACUGGCUGACUUGAUCGAGAGGGACCAAAACUAUUUGGCUAGCUUGGAGACUUUGGACAAUGGGAAACCAUAUUCUAUAUCUAUAGCAGUAGAUUUACAGAUGGUCAUUAAAUGCCUGAGGUACUAUGCUGGUUGGGCUGACAAAAUCGAAGGAAAGACCAUUCCCGUUGAUGGGGAUUUCUUCUGCUAUACACGUCAAGAACCAGUCGGUGUUUGUGGACAGAUUAUUCCAUGGAACUUUCCUCUGUUGAUGUUAGCAUGGAAGCUUGGUCCAGCCCUGGCUACAGGGAACACUGUAGUAAUGAAGGUAGCUGAACAAACCCCACUAACUGCUCUUUACAUUGCUCAACUAGCUGUGGAGGCUGGCUACCCACCAGGUGUGUUGAACAUUUUGCCUGGUUACGGACCCACAGCAGGAGCAGCCAUUGCUGAACACAUGGAUGUAGAUAAAGUAGCUUUUACUGGAUCUACAGAGGUUGGUCACAUGAUUCAGCAAGCCGCUGGUCGUUCUAACCUAAAGAAAGUCACUUUGGAGUUGGGAGGAAAGAGUCCCAAUAUCAUCUUGAAGGAUUGUGACUUGGAGGAAGCCGUGGAGCAGAGCCACUUUGGACUGUUCUUCAACAUGGGUCAGUGCUGCACUGCUGGAUCACGCACGUUUGUGGAAGAUGACAUCUAUGAUGAUUUUGUGGAACUCUCAGCUGAACGAGCUAAGAAACGAACGGUUGGAGACCCAUUUAAUGAGAGCAACGAACAAGGCCCACAGAUUGAUGAGGAACAGUUCACCAGAAUUCUGGGACUAAUUGAAAGUGGCAAGAAGGAGGGAGCUACACUUCUGGCCGGUGGGGAACGUGCUGGUGACCGUGGUUAUUUCAUUCAGCCCACUGUCUUUGGAGACGUUCAAGAUGAUAUGCGCAUCGCUAAGGAGGAGAUUUUCGGCCCAGUGCAGCAGCUGCUUCGCUUCAAGAAGUUGGAUGAAGCCAUCGAGCGAGCUAAUAAGACAAGUUAUGGACUAGCAGCUGGUGUAAUGACCAAAGAUAUUGAGAAAGCUCUUCAUAUUGCUAACGGGGUCAGGGCCGGAACUGUCUGGAUCAACUGUUAUGAUGUAUUUGACAUAGCAAUCCCAUUCGGUGGGUAUAAGAUGUCUGGCACUGGGAGAGAGAAGGGAGAAGCUGCCUUGGACUCCUACUUGGAAACCAAAUCAGUUAUUGUGAGAACCCCUCAGAAGAAUUCUUAAAUCCAGUCGUAAUAAGAAGAAAGGAUGAGAGCCAUCGGCAGGCGAAACCAUAAGAAAGGUUUCAAGAUGUUGUGACAAAAUGCUUUUUAUAGCAGAGCUACAAACAAGUAAAAAUCAACUAUUUUCAAGAAAAAAUCAGGCAACGAAAAACCUCUUAUUAUUAUAACUAUUACUUCUAAAGAUUGAAUAAAAUAAAUGCGUUGAAAGGUGGAUGAAGUACAUGGUACUUGAUGACCUUUACCACACAGAUUCCAAGGUCAAAUACUUUACAUUAAAUCUUAUAGAUCGAUAUGUAUUUUUUUGAGCUUAUUAGACUAGUAUUCUCGUAAGUUGUUUAACGAUUAAAUUAGAUGAACAAUGUGUGUUCUCAUGAUGUAUAAAUUUAGAUCUCUUUGAUAGAAUGGAACUAUUUUUGAUAUUGAUAUUCAUUUUAAAAAAAUGUUAGGUACA